ACUAGUCCACUCAAAAUGCAAGAAUGGAGCAACUUUCAAGGGGAAAUCUACAAACUUGAUCUAAGACUAAUUUGAUGACGCUGAAUCGAAUGGUGUAAAUUAUUUUGCUAUCAACCCCCGGCAACAUUGAGAAAAUAAGGGUUAAAAGUUUAAAACGCUUACAAUUCGAAAACUAUUAAACAGAUUGAAAAAAUACUUGUGCCAUCGUUUUUGGACGAUAAAAAUACGUAAGAAAGCACCCUAUUAAUUUCCGAUAACUAAAAAAUGAAUGGUUAAAUAGUAAAAAACAACAGUGAGCUCGGGGUGAAAACCUCGAAACUUCGAAGGCUUCAAAACAAGUUUCAUGAUCCGUUGAUCAUCGAUCGACCCCCCUCCCUCCGAUGCUUCAGUUUUGUUCGCGUUUUUUGACUAUAUAUACGCAACGCGUGUCUAUUCACACAUACAUUAAUGAUCUCGAAAACAGUCGUAGUUUCAAGAACAACGUGCUCGCAUCUUUUUUUAUUCUUGACUCGAAGUCACCGUGAUAUUACGAGAAUCUCUGUAAAAAUGGGCCCGCUCGAAAGUGCCAAAAAAGUAGCUGCUUGUAAAGCUGUCGACGAAUACGUCAAGGACAACAGCGUCGUCGGAAUUGGCAGUGGCUCUACCGUUAUUUACGCUGUGCAUCGACUAGCUGAACGCGUCCAAGAAGAGAAAUUGAAUGUGAUCUGUGUCCCUACGUCUUUUCAAGCGAGGCAACUCAUCGUGAACAAUCAUCUGACACUAGGAGAUCUUGAAACAAAUCCGAAAUUGGAUUGCGCAAUCGAUGGAGCAGACGAGGUGGACUCUGAGAUGAAUCUUAUCAAGGGAGGAGGUGGAUGUUUGCUGCAGGAGAAGAUAGUGGCAUCGUGCACCGAGAAAUUGGUGAUCAUCGCAGAUUACACAAAAAAUUCGGAGCAUUUGGGUGAGCAGUAUAAAAAGGGGAUUCCAAUAGAAGUUGUACCGAUGGCAUACGUUCCUAUAAAGAAUAAGAUCGAGGAGAGUUACGGUGGGAGCGCAAAAAUUCGUAUGGCUGUUGCAAAAGCAGGACCCGUCGUCACGGAUAAUGGAAAUUUCAUUCUCGAUUGGCAUUUUCCCCAGGGCUUGGAAAACUGGAGUAAAAUCAAUACGGAAUUGAAACUCUUGCCCGGCGUCGUUGAAACUGGUUUGUUCAUUAAAAUGGCCACUAAAGCUUACUUCGGCAUGUCGGACGGCAGCGUUAAAGAACAGUCUUGACUUUUCUAUCGCUGAAAAUACACAUUUUGCCAUACUAUUACUCCGAGAGCCAGUUUCACUUGAACUUUUAUAGCGAGCGUCCUAGUCAGGCAUGUCUCAAGAAAAACUAUAUCAAAACAGCAGUCACCACCCCGUGGGUUUUUUUCAUUGCUCAAAAUACUGUUUAUAGCCCCUACCGAGAAACUAUUCCUUUUUUUAUUAUUUUUAUUUUUUGAAUACGACAGGAUUCGUGUUGGUAGUAAUAAAAAUCAAUGUUCUUAUCA